CGACGUCUUCCCCCCCUAUUUCUCAUACAGCGGGAUUCCCCCGAUGCGCGGUGUCGAGCAUUUUAUCCAGCUUGUGCCUGACUAUCGUGUUCACGAUCAGGCACCGUACCGACUCUUGAUUACAGAGGCGACGAAACUCAAGCGUCAGCUUGAGGAGCUUCUUCGACUGGGUUUCAUUAAACCCAGUAACUCCCCUUGGGGUGCACCUGUCCUCUUUGCUCACAAAGCGGACGGAACUCUCCCCCUCUGCAUCGACUAUCGCGGCCUUAACCGUUACAUGGUUAAGAACAGUUAUCCCAUGCCCCGUGCGAAUGAGCUGUUUGACCGUCUGGCAGGCAACCGCUUCUUCACGAAGAUCGAUCUUCGUAGCGGUUACCACCAGAUCCUAGUUGCCACAGAGGAUCAGUCGAAGACUACCUUUCGGUUGCGCUUCGGCCACUACGAGUUCACGGUGAUGCCAUCCGGCCUCACCAAUGCCCCCGCCACCUUCCAAACGGCGAUGAACGACAUCUUCAAGGACAUCCUUGAAGAAUACGUUCUCGUAUACCUAGACGACAUCUUGGUCUACAGUCGUACCUUAGAAGACCAUAUCAGACACCUCCGCGAUGUCCUACAGCGCUUGCGCAAGCAUGACUUCUAUGCCAAGCUCAGUAAGUGCCGCUUUGCCCAGCGCAAAGUGGACUUCCUAGGACACCAUGUGUCUGACCAGGGUCUCCACAUGGACGACGCGAAGAUCACUGCUAUUGCAGAGUGGCCCGUCCCCACGUCUGCCAAGCAGCUUCGCAGUUUCCUAUGCCUCACCAGCUACAAUAGUAAUUUUAUUCAGGGAUACGCUAGGUAUUCCUACAUCCUUACCUCUACCCUCCUCUGGAAGAACCCGCCGUGGUUUUGGACACCCCUGUGCGAGGACGCUUUUCGCGCCCUCAAGAAGUCGGUGACCUGUACGCCGAUUCUUCGCCUUCCCGAUUUUGAUCGUCCCUUUAUCGUCACCACCGAUGCGUCAAAUUUUGCAGUAGGAGCUGUCCUUUCUCAGGUGUUUCCCUCUCCUCCAGAUUCGCCUUACCCCCAUGUUCCUCAUUUCCCCCCCCUUCCUGCUGACACUGCUUCUCGACUGACGCCCACCCUCCCACCACUUCCCUGCACUGACAGUCCUCCUGUUACUUACUCCCCGACCAUCACGGAGGAUGGGACUGUCGAGGCUCGGGCUGGGGAUUGCCCGAUCACGUUCUACUCGCGUCAGCUAUUGCCUGCUAAGAUAAACUACACUGCCGAUGAACGUGAGGCCGUCGGUUCUGAUACUGCCGCUGGUCCGGUCAGCUUCCGUGUGAAGCUACCUGAUUACCUUCGACAGGCUCGCGUACACGAUGUUUACCACGUCUCCUUGCUGCGUCCUUAUCGCAGACCGUCCGAGCGCUUCGCCGGACGCCCUUAUGAGAGUCCUCCACCUAUCAUGGUGGACGGUCACGAGGAGUUCGUUGUUUCCGACAUCGUAUCACGCCGAGUUACCGACGAUACCCCUCCACGCAUUGAGUACCUUGUGCGUUGGAAGGGCUACCCUGAUGAGGAGGCUAGUUGGGAGCCUCUCGAGCACUUGCAGCACGCCAGGAUGUUGGUGCGUACAUAUGAUCGUGCUCGUCGUGCUGAGACAUCUGCUUCUACUCAGCCGACUGACCCUCUUCCUCCUCCUCCGGUUGAGGAGAUUGCUGAGGACGCGCCCGCUCCCUCUGAGGCCGUUCCUCAGCCGCAGACGGUCGCCUCCGAGCCUCCACAGCGCACUCAUCGUCACCCUUCGCGUUACGAUGAUUGACACUCUUAUCCUCUAUCUUUCCCUUACUAACUCACACCAUCAGGUACUCCAUCAUGAGCUUCUUCAGGAUGUUAGCGUUUUGCGGC